AUGAUCAGCUGCAUGAUUCCACCUUUUGUGUCUGGUCCACGAGAUAUUCGAGUGUUUGUGUCGUUGAACGGACUGGAAAUUAGUGAAUCUUCGCUGAAUUUCAAGUAUGUAGAAGAUCCUUCUGUUUUCAGUAUUUUUCCGAGAGCAGGACCAAUUACUGGCACAACAAUGGUCAGUGUAAGAGGUGCCAAUUUUCUGAGUACGUCAACAAGCGUGUGUAGUUUCGGGUAUCAUACCAUCCCCUCAAUUGUUGUUAGCUCAACGGAAGUGACUUGUAUCGUCAAUCCUUCGAGUUGGUCUUAUAUUGGACAAGUGAGCUUUCGAUUCUCGUCCAAUGGGCAGGAAUAUUCAAAGGAAAAUGUGUCGUAUUUUAUUUACGAGAAUCCUUUACUGAUUGAUCUGAGUCCUCGUGUUGGGAGUGUGAAUGGAGGAACCAAAUUGACAUUUACGUGGGAUCAGGUGAUAUCAAUUGAAUAUUUCGGUAGCGUGUCGUGUCAAAUCGAUUCAACUGUGCUUGAUGAAGUUUCGAUCACUGGAAAGACGACUACCGUCGUCGUUCCAGCGGUAGAAAAUGGUAUUGAGGGGCCAGUAAUGACUCGUAUCUCAUUUAACGGACAGAAUUACGCCGACGGGCCGCAGUUUUGGUAUUUUCUCGAGCCUAGAAUUGAAGCUAUCUACCCAAAUAGUAGUGGAGAGAUGGCGAAUACCUGGAUUCGAGUAACAGGCGAAAAUUUCCCUCGACUUACAACUUUAAGCUGUUUGUUUGGGUCUGUUGAUGCUAAAACGGUAUCAGCCGAGUGGGUAUCUGAUAAACUGGUUCUUUGUCGUGCUCCUGAACAUCGUCCAGGGACAGUUGACUUUGGGUUUUCGAUCAAUGGAGUGGAUAUGAUUGAUACAAACCUACAGUUUGCAUUCACACCAAAGACGAUCACGAAUGAUUACUAUCCAAUUUCAGGCCCAACUUCCGGUGGAUCCGAGUUAACGAUACCUGUGGGUGUUGACGCUCAACAAUGUCACCGUUUACAUUGCAUUGUAGGUGACUUCAUAGUCAUCGCCUUCAUGGACAAAUCGUAUACGGCUGUUAAGUGCACGACACCCCCACAAUAUCAAGUUGGAGAGGUUUCAAUCGCAAUUGAGUGCGAUGGCAAACCCUUUCUGGAGUUCGAGAGGAAGUUUUCGUACUAUAUCGCACCGAUUAUUUCGGACAUUGAGCCGCGAUCCAUGUCGUUAACAUCUGGUGGUAUCAUAUCCGUUCGAGGACGUAACUUUCUGGAGACUGUUUUUCACUGCCGAUUUGAUUCAAAUAUUGUAACAAUGGCAAUAAUUGUCAGUGAGUCGGAGAUUCGAUGUAUCGCACCGGCGUUCUCUCCACAUGCAGUCUAUUCAUACGUCACACUUGAGAUUUCGGCGAAUGGUAUGGACUUUACUACCAGUGGCACCAAAAUACAACUGACACCUUCAUUAGACGUGCUUAAUAUGAGUCCAAGACAUGCAAUUAUCAACCAAGAAGUUGAAAUUGUGAUUUUUACAACGGGAUUGAUCAUAAAUCCAGAUAUUUUCACUUGCAGAGUCGGUGAAGCGCAUGAAGUAGCAGCGUUCAUGGCAUCGCGCACAUCCAUCAAGUGCAGAUUACCUGCGGCACCUUCUCCUGGACAAGUAAUGGUGUCUGUAUCCAAUAACGGAGUCGACUUUAUUGGAGGAUCACGCACGACAUUACUAUAUCACUCUUCCCCCAUCGUACACUCUAUUAGUCAGAGCACCGGGUCGGUGUUCGGUGGUGAAAAUGUGGUGGUUUAUGGGCGUGGUUUUGUUACGGAAGUGGAUAUGGUUUGCAUCUUUGGUAACACGAGUGUUUCAGCGACAUAUAAGCGUGAAAACUCGAUUUCUUGCUUGGUUCCCCCUGCGCAAUGGCUUACUCAAAUCCAACAUGAAAAAGCAAAGUCGAGUGCGAAAAUUGACUUUAAAAUAGGUGUUACAUGUGGUUCCAUUGUUACUGUACUGGAACAAGAAAGCGAAUUGUUCUGGACGUACAAACUCCCGGUUGUCGAUGUUACUAUCUACCCCACAAAAGUUUUGACUGGAAACACUUCAAUUGUGAAAGUUAAGGGGUUGGAUUCAUCCUCAUCAUACAAAAUGCGUCUCAUUCCGGAAAAUGACGAUAGAUCUCGUAUUUUCGUAUCUCUUUAUCCCCCGAAAGACGUACGAUUUGAUGAAUUGGAAGGAGAACUACAGCCAUUUGUACCUGGUCGAUACACUGUGGAGAUCGAAGAUACCGGAGGAUACGUGGUUAUUAGCCAAAACCUCUUAAUUGAGGUCGUUGACCCUAUUCAAGUAGUCAAUGUGACGCCCAUGAGUGGGCCCGUACGUGGUGAUUCUCUCGUGGUACUGGAAAUUGAUCGAGCGCUCGAUCGAGAUGAUUUGAUAUGUCUUUUUGGAAAGUAUAUCACCCUCGCAAUUCAGCUGAAGCCUGGCACUGUAGUAUGUAAAUCUCCACCAGCUAAUAACCCUGGACGAGUACGUCUUAGCAUUACCAUUCGAGAUCUGCAAACUUCAUACAGCGAUGGAUACGAGUUUACGUACUAUCCGGACGAAGUGAUCACUUCCAUUUCUCCCGAAAGACUAAUAGGAUCUCAGCAAAACGAAGCCUUGACAGUAACUGGAUUGAACUUUUAUCAUCCCGACAAGAUGGUUACUCCUUUGUGUCGAAUCGGUAGCACUGUUACUAGAGCUUCAAUUGUAUCUCCAAGCAAAGUCAUUUGUCCGUCUGCUCUCUUGUCUUCUGGGGAGUAUUCAGUCUCUAUUGCGUGCGAUGGUGUCAACUUUGUUACGUCACCUCGAAAUGUUACGUAUGUUUCUCGUAUUUGGAUCACAGCGGUUCAGCCGUCUACUGUCGCUCUAACUGGAGUAACGGAUAUCGAGAUAAAAGGCUGGGGGUUCUCUCAAGAAGUUUCUCUUCAAUGUAACUUUGGCCGAGACAGAUUCAUCCUUCCAGCAGACAUAAUAUCUCCUGGAACCAUUCGUUGCUCGACCCCUUCUGUUGGCGAAUUCAGUCAAGUUCUACCACUGUCGAUGUCCUCGAAUAUUUCGACUAGCAACGAAUUAUUAGUAUCAUUUGAGGCCCCUAUCGUUGUGAUUUUGGCAACACCAAAUGUGGGUUUUAGUCGCGGUGGAGCGACAGUGAAAGUUGAUGUCACUUACGUACCUCCUAGUGGUGAUUUAAAAUGCUUUUUCGGUGACAUUCCUGUUAAAGCCCGACGACUUACGUCUUCACAAAUCGAGUGUAACAGUCCUCCGCAUCGUCCGGAGUCCGUAAAACUUCGGGUUGAAGGAGAAAGUGGUCUUACGGUAGCGGGAGCAUCACUGUCUUUCACGUUCUUGCCUGAUCUUACAGUGGCAAAUGUAUCUCCAACACGAGGUUCUGCUGCUGGGGGAACUUCUGUGGAAUUUACGCUGUCUGGAGCAGUAAACGAAUUGAUUCAAGAGAUGAUUUUGUGUCGAUUUGGAUCAAUUUUUGUCGACGCAGUGUCAAUCCUGGACAACCUGGUGACGUGCAUUUCUCCUCUGGGGAAGCAGAACGAGGACGUGUCGAUGGCGAUUGCUUUGAGCGAUCAAGAUAUCGCUGCAAGUCCAGUACGUUUCCAAUAUGUCGCGAUUUGUGAGCUGAUUUCGAUUGAUCCACGGGUUGGUUCACUUGGUGGGAAUGUGACGAUCAGCGCUCUAUUGGGGGAUAUGGAUGUAGGAUCAGGAGUCGAUUAUGAGUGUGGAUUUGAAAGACUUGGUGAUGGAAUAACAAUGUCCAAGGCUCAAAUAUCGUUGUCAGGGGAGCUCCGAUGUAGAGUUCCUACAAGUUUUAAGUAUCCGAGACGGAUUCAGGUCUCAAUCUGGCAGAAUGGGGAGCGUUAUUCGACCAACAAAUUGACAUUUGAGCUCAUCGUUCCUCCAGUUAUUGAAAGUGCUACACCGAUGUCGAUUCCUGAAUUCGGAGGAGCUUUAGUUCGUGUAGGUGGGACCGAUUUUUCUCCGUAUCAUAGUUUCAUGUGCACAUUUGGUGACAACGAAGAAGCUCCAGGAAAAGUGAUUUCUAGAAAUCUACUGGAAUGUGUUUCUCCCAAACUACUACCAGGGAAUUACUCGUUUGGGGUAUCAUGGAACCAACAAGAAAACGUUUUUUCUAGAACGUCCCUGACUGUUCUUGAAGCAUUGACACUGGAGUCUAUCGAACCGAAAUCGGGCUUUAGAGAUCAACAAAGGGACGUCCGAGUAUUCGGCGCAGGAUUUCAGCCAUCCGCUAGUCUUGCGUGUCGCUUUGGAGAAGAACCGGUGCCUGCUACGUAUGUAAGUCGAACUGAAAUUCGCUGUAACGCUCCAUUGCUACCGUCAUUACCAAUUUGGUUCUCUCAGAGCUUGGAUCGACAUGCUGUUUCUGUUGGAGUGAGUUUGGACGGUGAAACAUUUGUUGGCUCAUCAGAGACAGCUUUUACGUACCACGCUACACCUCAUUUCGACAAGAUUUACCCUACGUCAGGCAGCAUAAUGGGCGGUACACGAAUUCUGAUUCACGGCGCAAUUGAUAAUACCUUGACAUAUAACUGUUCAUUUAGAGACGAAAGUAUGCCAGCGAUUCCUCUAAAUUCUCGGACCCUUUCCUGCUUUACUCCUAUUUCCAAAAUCUCUCAGAGGAUUGAAGUGAGCGUAGAAGUUCUUGGAUUAUCUAUUGAAGGUGCGAUUCCCUUAUGGUUUACGUAUUUUAACCCUCCAACUAUUGAAUCUCUGCACCCAACGACUAUCAAGGCCAACGGUGGUGAACAGAUAAUACUCUCUGGAACGAAUUUUAUUCCAACUAAGGCUCUGCAGUGUCAGUUUGGCGAUUCACUAGUUACCAGCCCCGCCACAUUCAUCUCUUCAACAACAAUUGCGUGUAUUACACCUCCUCGCAGUACUGCUGGUUACGUCGCAGUGGAAAUAACGAUGAAUGGAGUCGACUAUACCACUAGUCGACAGUCUGUCUACUACUACGACUAUAUCAACGUGCUGAGUGUAUUUCCCGAGCAAGUCUCAACUUCUGGUGGCACUGAAUUACACCUUGAACUGGCACCAGAAUCCUCGCUUACGAACUCGUUAGUUGACUGUAUAUUUGUCCGCUCUACAAGUACCGUAACACGACCAGCAUACGUCGCAUCCAGUACCGAGUUGACGUGCUUUACGCCUAUGUGGACACCAGGAAAUGCCGCGGUUGGAAUUCUAGUGAACGGGAAGCAGAGGUUUAUGGCAGACGUAUUGUUGACGUUUAUUACUGAGCCUUGGAUACACUCUAUCCAUCCUGAUCACGGACCCACUACUGGUGGAACGUUAGUGACGAUAUCUGGAGAAGCACUGGACGAUACUGCGAUUAUUUGCAUGUUUGGUGAAGUUAUGGUUAUCCCAAGCACCAUUUCCAAGCGUGAUGUCACAUGCACAGUUCCAAGUGGAGUUAACAACUCUACUGUUGAUGUGCGUGUAGCUGUUGGUACCAGUAUUCGGUCGAACAUAGUGGAAUUCUCUUACGAUUUACCUAUUGAGAUUUUUAACGUUUCUAUUCAACGUCUGCCAGAAGAUGGAGGGAAAGUGCUGUCUGUAACAGGGUCAAAUUUUCUCAAUACGACGGAAUUGUGUUGCGAGAUUGGAGCGCAACUACCGACGGUUAAGGCGAAUUUCAUUGAUUCUACCAAGGUGAGGUGCCCUAUUUGGAAGGCUCGACUAUCUCAAGUCACGGUGGGGGUCAGCAAUAAUGGCUACGACUUUGCAUUCCUUGAAACACCACUGAAGUAUGAGGUUAGUCCUUAUAUUACAGCUGUAUAUCCCGUAUCCGGCCCAUUGGCAGGAGAUACACCUGUCCGGAUUACACUCGCUAAUGCUGAUUUACUCAAGGACGAAGGUGUGAUAUUCUGCUCUUUUGGCGAGCAAGACACUCGAGCGUUAAAGGUAGAAAAUGAUAAGGUAAUCUGCAUCUCACCAGCGGUUACGCAGCCUUCUGUUGUCCCCGUUUCUUUCUACUGGAGAUCAAACGACCUGGAGGACAGAUUUGACGCAGAGCAGCAAAAUGAUAUCGAGUUUUACUAUGAAAUGUUCCCAAGGUUGACGGAUAUCUCGCCUUCGAGUGGAUCUGCAGCUGAAGGAACAGUAUUGACGCUUUCUGGGUCUGAAUUCCGUGACGGAAUGAUAGUUCGCUUUGAUGUUGGUCGCGAUGCGAGAUAUGUGCCUGCUAGUGUUGUAACUACAUCAACUGCUACAGUUGAAGUGCCAGAACAACUGGGUGACGGGAUCGUUAGUGUUGCGAUAUCAGCAAACGAAGUGGAUUUUAGGGAAAGCCUGAUGUUUUACGUUCGACCCCGGCCAGUCCUGCACUCAGUCUACCCUUCUCAAGUGAGUCUAGCACCCUCCCAGACGAAUGUUACACUCACUAUUCGGGGUACUGGUUUCAAUGAGACUGUUAGAGAGACGAUACGGUGUCGAAUUGGUGAUGAUGGAUCUCCUAGUACGGCUAUCUGGGUCUCAAGUGCUCAGAUUUUGUGCUCUGUGCCGUAUCUGGAUGCUGGAAUUUACAACGUUUACGUCGCUCUAAACGGAGUGAACUUUGUGAAUGAUGGAGUGAAGAUUCUGUAUCAAGAGCAGUAUGUUGUGUAUGGAAUUGAACCUGCUUUUGGUGUUCUGGGGGGAGGGACGAGAGUGCAAGUGUUCGGCACAAAUUUUCAUGGAAAUACUAACGAUACAGAUUUGGUCUGUGCUUUCGGUACUAAAGUCUCUCCUCUUCAAGUGGUUAACGCUAGUCUUGCUGAGUGUAUCACUCCAAGUCAGCUAAAACCUGGAACUGUAUCGUUCUCAAUUACUCGUCUGGCAGACAUUAAUCCCCGGUACAAAACACCGGGAGGCUUGAGCUUAUACUAUCACAAAGUUCCUACCAUAUCGAAGAUUCUGCCAUCAAUGAUUCGAGCCACAAACGCCUCCUCACUUCGUCUCAUUGGCGCCAAUUUCAUUGAUUCUUCUCUACUCUCGUGCUUGAUUCAACAAGUUCCAGUUCCUGCAAGAUUUAUCUCAUCAAGUACCAUUGAAUGUUUACUGAAUGAAAUGUCCGAUGGCACGUGGCUUCCUGACAGUACACUAAGUGUCGAGGUGUCCAAUAAUGGCCAAGACGUGUCCAAUACUGAGCUUCAAAUCCUCGUACUUGCUCUCAUCCGACUAUUGUGGCUGCAACAAACCUCGGCGAUGGAUGGAUCGAGUGUAACUUACCACCCUCACCACGAGCUGGGAUUGUACAUAUCUCUGUAUCCGUUGAUGGUGUAA